AUGUAUACCUUUUCUAUCUUCUCGUUGCUGAGCGUGGCACUUGCUUUGUUAUCUGCGGCGCAAGCGCCGUCAUCCUUCAAGAAGGCGGCUAUCCCGAUCGCUGCUCGCUCCCCGUAUCUUCUCACAUUCCUACCGACCAAUGCCUCACUGCCGAAUGGCUGGUCAUGGGAGACGGGGUAUAGCUCACAGAUCCAGUCUUGGGCUGGACUAAUCAGGGUGGAUGGAGAGACGUAUGCCUGGGCUGGUCCGUAUCACAUGUCAGGGUUAUCAGCAGUUCAUGCCCCUGCACCAGUAGGCUCAGGAUAUUCCCUCACCCCGACAAGUAGUACACUCCUGUACAACGCCGGACCUGUGAAAGUGACGGUCACGUUUCUUAGUCCAAUUGAACCGCGUGACUGGACCAGACAAUCAAUUCCGGCAUCGUACGUCGCAAUAGAAGUACAGGCAACGGACGGGGCCUCUCACGCAAUUCAAGUCUACUCUGAUAUCAGUGCUGAAUGGGUCUCGGGGGACCGUGAGCAGAAUGUCACUUGGUUCACGAAACUUGACAGCUCCGGCGAAAUAUACUAUCAUGGAAUCUCUAUCCUCCCGGACGAACAGGCGCCGUAUCAGGAGAUUAACGCGCAAUCGGCCUGGGGGACUAUAUAUUAUUGCACGCAAAGCUCCGGUACAUCUCUCAGAACAGGAAGUGAUCAAGACACUCGGGGCCAGUUCGUACGGAAUGGCACUCUCGAUAACUCGGGGGACACGCAGUUUCGCACAAUCACUGACGCAUGGCCCGUGUUUGCCUUCGCUCAAGACCUUGGGAGUAUAACAAGCACAAGUGCACCGAUCGUGUGGGCUGUCGCGAACAUUCGCGAUUCAGGUGCCCACGGUGCUGUUACCUAUUCCGACCUUUCGGGUCAGACACAGAAUCGCAGUCUGUUCUACCGCCAGAAAUACAGUGACGAUAGCGAGUUGCUCAGAGACUUCCUAGCCGACUAUUCAGCGGCCUUCGCGCGCUCUCAAGAACUGGACACCAAUAUCACCAAAGCCGCCAACGAAACGGGGGGCUCCGACUAUGCUGAAAUACUCAGUCUGUCCACUCGCCAGGCAUACAGCGGCAUCGAGAUCACGAUUGGUCAGGACGCGAGUGGUAAUCCAAAUGCUAGUGAUGUGAUGGUGUUCUAUAAGGAUACUGGGAUACAGGAUACUGGGGACGGGAACGCCCAAGUCAAUCCUGUAGAUGGGCUUUUAAGCGUAUUUCCAACCUUUCUAUACUUGGAUGCUCCGCUCUGUCAAGCACUCUUGGAGCCGCUACUCCGCUUCCAGAACAGCUCGUUGUACACCAAAAGUUACGCCGCUCAGAACAUGGGGCGAAAAUAUCCUGUGGCGGUUGCGAACACUCAGGAGCACACUGAGGGUAUCGAGACAUCAUCUGGCAUGAUCAUCAUGGCUUACUGGCACGCCAAACACACCCACGAGUUCAGCACGAUCGAAGCCUACUACACGCUUCUUCAAAGAUGGGCGGAUUACUUAGCAGCAAACACGCUCGAUGCUACAGGCCAAACAUCUGCGGAUAAUGUGACUCGUGACGGUCAGGCCAAUCUUGCUCUCAAGGGGAUCAUUGCUGUCCAAGCCAUGUCAGGCAUUGGUGUCCUAUUGAAUGACACUGCGGUGGAACAUUCGUACGCAUCUCAGGCGAAGGCUCUAUACGCGCAAUGGCUACCAAGGGCCUUUUCGCCUGACUCCGGUCACAUGCGCCUGACUUACGAUAGUCCGGAGAGCUUCUCCUUGGGUUAUAAUAUGUUCUGGGACUUGGCGCUCGGUUCUGGGCUGCUGAAUACCAGCGUGAUCGACGGUCAAGUAGAUUACAUUGCGAACCGGAUCCUGCCUUAUGGUGUUCCUACGGAUAGUGACAGCACAUCUAUGAUUUCAGCGAAUUGGAAUAUGCUAGCUGCGGCUAUGGCCACUCGCGAUGACGCUACUCGACAACAGAUCAUUAGUGUGACAAACAAAUUGGCUUAUCAGGCUGCGGACCCCUAUCAAGAGCAAUUUCCGCUCAUCUAUAUGGCACAGAACGGUACCAUAGUCACAGGACGAUUGAGCCCUCGGCAAGGUGCUGCAUAUGCACUGCUGUUCAUGAGCCCGUCGUCCUCUUUUGGCGGACGGCCAGCAUCUGGGAACCAACGCAAAAGUGGGGCUAGUACCAUCGGUGGUGCAACCGUUGGUGCAGUAGUCGGGGCUUCUCUGAUUGUGGGCACCAUUCUCUUUUGGUGGCGUCGGCGCCGGUCGUCUGUCUCACGAGGAAUACCCGCUCAUCCGCAUGAUCUUUCAUUGUCGGAUGCAGUCCUUCGGAGUGGAUCGUCGGGCGCGCGUGCAGAGUUGAAUGUCACACCAUUCACGGUGUUUCGCUCCGAAGGCAUCGGCGCCCCCCAGCGAACAGAUCGCGAGUCCGAAACCGGAGCGAAGAGAGCUUAUAGACUUCGCCGUAUGCCAAGCAGAGAGAGUCUGGGACGAGACGACACCCAACCAUCUCCAGCACUCGGGAUGACACCGAGUCAGGAUGAAUCUGGAGUACUUCACGAAAUCAGCAACCUGUGGAGGGAGAUCUUCGCUCUACGCAGGGACGAUGCCAUAUCUGCCCCUCCGGAAUACGAUGGCUAA